AUGCAACAAUCCAAGUUCGUGGUAGUCGAAGUGACUACCACGACCUCCACCAUGACCUUGAUACAGUAUCUGAUCACCAACGGGUUUGAUAAAUUCGCCGUCGUCUCGGAUCUCUCCGAUCAUCCGUCGCUCAAGUACAAAGUCAGUGGCGGCGGCUCGGCCGCGGCCGCGUCGCCGAACCAGCAGAACAACGGCGUCGAGAAGCAGUCCGGCAGCGGCGCCACCGCCAGCGGCACCGACCGAAAUGGCAAACCGAAGGUGUCCAUCAACGAGAUCGCGUCCGCCCUUUCGAAGAAGUACUCGCCGUCGCAGUCGAAGAACGGCUACUGUGGGUCACUCUCUCCACAAUCAGUCCUGAAAGCACAACUGAAUGGUGGAAACAACUGCAAGGCAGUCAGUGCUCUAUCACGGAUUCUGGAAGACCAAAGCCGAGCCAGCAUCCUCGAACAUAAGCAAGAGCAGGAGCGACGUGAACAGGAACGACAGCAGCAGGAGAUCCAACGGAUUAUCCUGGCUCAAGCUGCUGCCAACUGCCAGUCAUUGGGCGAGUCGUUCAGCGGCACGUUGGAGCACGACGACAGCAAUGGAUCCCCAGAGCUGGAUGAUACUGGUGUUUUGGACGCAAAUGCGCCUGGAGAUUUGAAUGGAGGGCUAGACAUAGAUGCUGCGGAUUCAAGUGACGGCGGAAGUGGCUUAGGUCCUUCUGACGAGCAAGUGCGAGCUUCGAUGAUCCACUUGCUAAACCCAGUGCUGGGCAGUGCUUUUGGGAGCUCCAUUAUCGAGGAAGUGAGCAGCGGAAAGCGAAAAGGUGAAGAAGGAGCCAGUGGUGGAUCGUCGAAGAAACAUCGUUGGAUGACAGUGGACGAGUUGGAAGAAAGCCGAUUCGGUCGAAGCAAAAGCUACGGAAGAGUCCACUGCAAGGCGACGUACAAAUGCGCGCUCUGCGGAAAACCAACGACACUGAACUCGACCGGCUCUCGGUGGAACCUGCUUCGGCACGUGAUCAUGAUUCAUUCGGAUUCGAAGCCUUACCAAUGUUGGGAUUGUGACUUUAUCGGGAUCAAGAGCAAUGUAAUCUCGCAUGCCCGCCAAACGAAUCAUCGUAGCGACGAUGCUCACGACAUUACGACCGAUGUGAUGAGAAGCGAAUGGAACACGAUGUUGCAUCAAUGCUUCCCCGACUACGUCAAAGCAAAAUCCCUCGGUUGGCAGGUGAAGCACGAAGAUGUCGAUGCCGACGCAGUUGUAGCUAAGCUAGAUUCGCCCGAAAUGAAACCCGAAGAAUAAUCCGGCCAUUUGUUGUGUACUCAAUAACUAUCCUCUCUACAAGUUCUUGCCUUUGCGAUAUGUCUUUACCGAGUUUUCAUUUAUCUUGUUAAUCUCCUACUGUUCAUUAACCGUUCUUUCGUUAUUUUUUCCGUGUAUUUGUUUUUCAUUUUAUUCGUUUAUCAUUCUGGAACUCCUCCCUCUUGCCUACAUACACAUUCACUUGCCUAUAAGUUGUGAUACGCCGAUAUAUUGCCUUUCUUGUUGCCUUGCGAAGCGAAUUCUCCCCAAGACGGGUGUCCAUUGUAAACUUAGCUAGAAGUUCAUUCUUUCACGUUCAUAAUAUCAAAACAUUGCAUAUAUAAACAGC